CAUAAUUAAUUAUGAUUGGUAAUACUAGAAUUGAUCGAACUUCGACCGGCGGUUUAUUGCAGGCACGGCGAGUCGGUAGUCGACAUCGGCACUUCAAAUUCCCUGCUCGUCUGAACUUCCGCCUCGAAAGUCCACCGCUUCAAAACUCUUCCGCUGUAAUAUAUACUUGGAAUCGCUGCUUCCACCACCACCUUCUGUAAAGUCAUGCCACCAGAUCUACCUGGCUAUUACUAUGAUGCCCAGAAGAACAGGUAUUUCGCUCUCAAAGGCCCAUUACCUGGUUCUUCUCGUACUUCUUCCUCCUCCUCUUCAGCCCCUCAUCAUAAACGAGUUUCCAAGUCCACUCCGACAGUCAAUUCCUGUUCGAAGGCUGACUUAAGAACCGUGAAGCUGAUUCAAGCCAGGGAGUUAUAUGGUGAUGUCAUUGCUUCCGGUAAAGGAAAGUGUAACUUCAAGGAGAAAUUCCAAAAUUUACUGGCAUCUAAACCAGUGGUUUGGAAAUACCGGGGAACGGAUACAAUGGGGGAUAGUGCUUUGCAAGAAACAUCCAUUAACGUGGACACCCUAGAGGGUAAAAGGGAAUCUUCUGUUCUAUUGACGGGCAAUAUAAGUGGCUCCUUGAGUUUUUUUGAAGUUGGAGAGGGUAAUCAACAUAUUGGGCGUGGAGUAAACUGUUGUCCAGAACUUGUUUGGCCAUCGGCUGGAGAAAAUCAAAUGGUUGGAGAAGUUCCUGGAGAUGUUUGGCAACUUUCUGGUGCUUCAUUGCAAAUGUCGUCAAACAUAUCUUGUAUAAAGUUGUUUAAGAAGCGCUUUCCUUUGGUGCAUGAUGAUGUUUCAGAUAUUCAACAUGCACUAAUAAGUACAUUGGGAUCCGACACAUCUGGUGGAUCAGUUUAUAUUCUUAAUCUUGUUGAACCGUUGGAUUUUAAUCGAACCAUUCCUGUCAUUAGACGAAGGAUACAUGAGGUUGCUUCUUUCAAUUGUUCCAUCUGGACAGCUGAUUGUCAAUCUUGUGGAGGUAGAGCUGUGAUCGGAACGGACAUGGGAGCUGCUUCAGUUGAUAUGGGAACUGGCAGGAUAUCAUGGAUCUUACAUGGUAAAAGUGACAUUUUUGCGCUACAACUCAUUCAUUCGGAAAAUGUUGUCCUGUGUGGACUUAGAAAUGGCAUGAUUGUAACAAUUGAUACUCGUGAAAGACAGGAAGUAGUCAACAGACUUUUAAGGCAUCGAAUUCCUUACUUGCCUGUAGAUCGAAGAAACUCUGGAACGUCCUCUCAGCAAUGGUAUAAGCUCACUGGGAACAUUUUUCCUUCUUGUACGGUUAAGAUGCCUUCAUCCAUAUCGAGCUUGGUGUCGCUCCAGUUUGACGACCGAUACUUUUUGGCAAGCUCCAUGGAUGGAUCGGUAAGACUUUAUGAUCAUCGCCUGAUCCAGAGAGGUGCCGUACAAACCUAUGAUGGGCAUGCAAAUUCACAUACUCGUAUACAGCUUGGAGUUGAUCCCACUGAGACGUUUGUCGCGUCCGGUGGAGAAGACCAAAACUUUCGUCUAUGGAAUAUCAAGUCUGGAAAACUGAUCUUUGAGGAUAAGUUUGUUGACGCUGUCCCCUCAACCAUAUGCUGGCGAAGGACUAGAAGAUUUCCAAGAGGGCAGGAUGGAUACCUAGGCUGUGAAGAUCAUAGUUCGGGAGCAUGGCUUGGGUCACACGGAGGACUUCAUUAUGUGAGCUGGCCAAGGACAUAAGUGAACAUGAACUUGCACGAGGAUUUCUGGCCAACUUUCCAAAAUUAUGAUACUUUAACCUUCAAAGAAGUUUUGCUUUUACGUAGAUAUGAUUCAGAUAGGAAUGAAGCCACUCAGCGAGAAAGUUCACCGGUAGCCUUUUUAAAAAAAUUAUAUAUAUAUAUAUUGUAAAGUCGUCAGCGAUUCAAUUGUUUAAUAUUCUUCUUUUGUAGUAUUUAAUACAAGAACCAGACAUUUGUUGAUGUAAAAUAGUACCAGGUUCAAGAAUCUAUAUUUAGGGGUCUAUUUUGGUUGGGAAGAAUUCUAUUUGUAUAUUUAUUCAUUUCAGUGAAA